UUUUAUAUACCUUUUGUUACAGAGGCAACAAGAAAUUAAGUUGCCACCAACCAAUUGUUCAUUGCACACAUGGGAAAUGUGGCGCCGUUAAAAGAGUUAACAGGAAAGGAGCAGAAGGACCAAUUCGUAAAUUUCAUCACACCUCGGGUGUUGAAAUUUCAAUUGAGUUCUCAAUUGUAAUCCUUCUACAAUUGAGUUCUCUCCGUAUAAAACAUCACCAUACAAUAUCUUAUAUUCACAUCAAAACACCCUCGAACGACAACACAACCAAUAAUAAAUAUCAUCAUGAACGGCGCAUCGUCCUUGCUAGCUCCCAUUGCUAAGAGAUUAGCAGGCAAGGUUGCCUUGAUAACCGGAGGUGCAAGUGGAAUUGGCGAGAGUACGGCAAGACUAUUCGCUGAACAUGGUGCUAAGGUCAUCAUUGCUGACAUCCAAGACGAGCUUGGUUUCUCAGUUUGCCAAGACAAAAGCAUCAAUGGUGACAUUUCCUACGUCCACUGCGAUGUCACUAGUGAGUCUGAUGUCGAGAAUGCUGUUAAUACUGCAGUGUCGAAGCAUGGGAAACUCGACAUAAUGUUCAACAACGCAGGCCAUAUUGGCCAAAUACAUGAAAAUAUCGUAGCCCUCGAGCAGGAGGACUACAAGAGAGUUUUUGAUGUGAAUGUCUUGGGCUCAUUUCUGGGAGCAAAACACGCGGCCAAAGUAAUGAUUCCAGCGAAAAGGGGCAGCAUUCUAUUCACCGCAAGUUCUGUAACACAGUCACAUGGAAUCGCCUCUCACACCUACACGGCGUCCAAGCAUGCGGUUGCGGGACUAACCAAGAAUUUGUGUGUUGAGUUGGGGCAGUACGGAAUUAGAGUCAAUUGCAUAUCACCACAUUCUGUGGCCACCCCUAUGCUCCUAAAAUCGAUAGGAAUAGACAAGAAAAAGGCGGAAGAGAUUAUAUCCUCCGCGGCAAAUUUGAAAGGAGCAGUUUUGGAAGGAGGAGAUUUGGCAGAGGCUGCGUUGUUCUUAGCGAGCGAGGAGUCCAAGUACGUGAGUGGGCUCAACCUAGUCGUGGAUGGGGGUUAUAGCACCACCAAUAUAGCUUUUCCACAAAGCAUACAAAAGUUCUUCAGUACCUAAGAACGAAAAGCAUUAUUGUCAUCUUUUCUCCAAGCAUAUAUGGGUCGCAGUUGUACUGCUUGUAUGUUGAAAUCUAAAUAAUUUCCCCUGAAAUUAUAAUAAAUUAAUGGGGCCAUGAUGAAUGAUUAAAAUU